CAGCCCCAGUCCUGUCCUGGCCCCUGGGCUCAGGAAACUGCUGCCACCACUGCCCGGGACAUCCAGGCCUUCCACCCUCCUCCCAGGCCUCCACCCAUCUGAUCGGCUGGCCAACUGGCCGCCAUGCGCCUGCCCUGGGCCACCUCCCACUGCGGCCUGGCCUGGGGGCCACUCAUCCUGGGCCUCGGCGGUCUCCUGGCAGUAUCCCAGCCCCCGCUGGUGAGGGAGGGGCCUGUGCAGGUGCCCCCAUACCGCACGGAGAACAAGACCUGCCAGGACCAGGAAAAGCAGUACUACGAGUCCAAGCAUCAGGUCUGCUGCUCCCGCUGCCCCCCAGGCACGCACGUCUCAGCUGAAUGUAGCCACGGCCAGGACACGGUUUGUGCCACGUGCCCCGAAAACUCCUACAACGAGCACUGGAACCAUCUCUCCUUCUGCCAGCUGUGCCGCCCCUGUGACCAGAUGCUGGGCUUCGUGGAGAUCACGCCUUGCACUAGCAAAGACAAAACCCGCUGCCGCUGCCGGCCAGGAAUGUUCUGCGUCUUUUGGGACUCUGAGUGUGUACACUGCGAGCCACUCUCUGACUGCCCACCUGGCACCGAAGCUGAGCUCAGAGACGAAGCCUGGGAGGCUAACAGCAACUGUGUUCCCUGUAAGGCAGGGCACUUCCAGAACACCUCCUCCCCCAGCGCCCGCUGCCAGCCCCACACCAGGUGUGAGGACCAGGGCCUGGUGGAGGCAGCGCCAGGCACUGCCCAGUCUGACACCAGCUGCAGAAAUCCAUCAGAGACCCCCGAGAUGCCAGGAGCCAUGCUGGUGCUGACCAUCCUGCUGCCCCUCAUCUCCUUGCUGCUCCUCAUCACCGUGCUGGCCUGCACCUGGAAGAGCCACCCCUCCCUCUGCAGAAAGCUGGGAUCCCUGCUCAAGAGACACCCCGAGUUCUCGGCCUCUGUCCUGCAGGGAGAGGAAUCAAAUACUGCCGGUGGAAGCUGGGAGCCCCCGAGGGUCAACCCAUAUGUCCCUGACCUGGUAGAGCCACUUCUGUCCACCUCUGGAGAACUGACCCCGGCCUCAGCUGGGCUCCCACCGAACCCAGGUUUGGAGGAAGAAGUGCUACAACAGCAGAGUCCUCUGAGCCAGGCCAGGGAGCUGGAGGCUGAGAUCCCAGAGCAAGGCCAGGUGGCCCACGGUACCAAUGGCAUUCACGUCACUGGCGGGUCUGUGACGGUCACCGGCAACAUCUACAUCUAUAACGGGCCGGUCCUGGGGGGAGCACGGGGCCCCGGAGACCCCCCAGCUCCCCCGGAGCCUCCCUACCCCAUCCCUGAAGAGGGUGCCCCUGGCCCCCCUGGGCUCUCGACGCCCUACCAGGAGGAUGGCAAAGCAUGGCACCUGGCCGAGACGGAGACACGGGGCUGCCACGCCUUCUGACAGCGCCAAGGACCCAAUUUGUCACCCGCGCCUGACGGAGUCUGGGAGAAGCCAGGAGAAGGGAGGCUGCCCUACCCACACAGGACUGACAGAGGGCCUGGGUAGGGGCCCCGAGAGGUGGACCCUGAGGGGCUGGGCCUCAGACAUGUCCCUGAGAGCAGGGCUGGCACUGGCUGGGUACCGUGCCCGUCGCAGGACUCACCUCCGCCUGAGCAGGCCUGAGACUCCGCAGCAGAACCCUGCCCCCUGGGGCAGUACCAGCUCGGCUUCAGGCCCGGCCAGGGCACGCGACGCUAACAGCUGCCCCACUGGCAUCCACACCCCGAGCAUGGCACGGAAGGGAGCCAGCCACGUGGUCACUGCAAGGACAUCACCGGGACCGCUGGCAGAUUCAUGGUGCUCAUGCCCAAGCUUCAGAGGCCCUUCGUGGGCCCACACUUCGCACGGACCAAAGUGGACCCUACAUGAGGCUGGAGUGACUCAGAGGACCACACUCCCCUCCCUUCCUAGACAGGAGAGAGGCUGUGACCUCCCUAUAACCGGGGGUUGGGGUGGGGUUCUAGGUAUAGGGGAAAGUUUUGGAGGAGGAGGGACGUGGCGAGUGUAUUUAUAAAUUGUAACCACAUGCAAAUAAAGAAGAGAUUGAUCAUUUA